AGUUGACAAUGCCCAGAGAGCCGUGUCAACAAAGCUUGGUGUUAAGCUCGCUUGACUGGUUAUUCACAAAGACCAGUGACUCACAGUGUUGGCACACAUUGUGCAGUGUUUUGAAAGUUUAAAAAAUGCACCUUCAGGCUGACAGCGGUGAAUGAAAGUGAGCGAAUAUAAACAGGCAGUAUCCAACGGAAUUUUAAUACCGUAUGAUUCAUAGGGUUAUUCCACAGCAAGGUGUGUGACUUACACACUGCGUUCCGGAACCACAAAAAUAGCCCAGUCGACCGUUCCGUGUUUGCCAGUGUGCGUUGCUUCGUUUUGAGCAGGAAGGUCAUCUGUUCGACUAUCAUGCGUUGGUUGAUGGAAUUCAAAAUGAUGCGUAGCGUCAGAGUGGCUUCAAGUUUACUCCCAGCAAGUAAUGCUCCUCCUGAGACGAACAAAAGCGAUUGUGUUCUUGAACGACAGACAGUGUAUGACGAGGACUGCACUGAUCACCGACAGGAAGAAGAAAUACUCGACACUAUCCAAGAGGUUCCGGAGACUGAGACAGAAAAUGACAGUUCGCCAAACGGAGAAUCCUCUUCUGUCUCUCUGAAAUCCUGUUCAGAACCAUCAUCACAAGUAUGUAAUGAAGAACGAACUCUUUCAACCGAGUGCAAUACAGAAUCCAGUCCAACAAACCCGUCUCACCUCCCACCCUCAACUUCUGCUCCCCUAGUCUCCAAGACCACUGACCACGAGGAUGCCUUGUCAGCGGACGAAGGCAUCCAAACCUCUCCGCCGUUCGAGACGGACGACCCGUGGGAUCAAGAGUCGGGACAGCACGAGAUCACCAUGACGCCUACAAAGAGGAGGUAUUCGAUGUCUGCCGUCAUCCCACGAUCACCAAGGUGCCUGGAUGGUCAAGAAGACGACGGGGGAACUAGCGUGACACUCCGCUCUCCUACAAAGUCCUGGCUCGCUGAGGAGGUGAAAGCGCGGAGAUGGAGAUACCGUAAGAUAAUACCGACAGAUUUCUUGGUCCCAAGAGUUGCUCCUUACCGCAUAUGGACUGGCUGAAGCAACGAACGGAGACAGCCCUGGACAGGAGUGCAGAGAUGCAGAGACGGACGGCAGAACUCUUACGGAACGCUGAGAGCGUGCGCAACCAAGAAGUGUGAAAGAAAAGAGCGAUGUCCGCAUGUAGAAAACGGGAGGGAUCGAACACGGGUUCAUUGUUGUGCCGAUCUGGGAACACUGUCAAUGAUCGCAGAGAUCGUGCAUCGACAAUAUUAUCAUGGUCUUAAAAUACCACUGUGAAAUGUUAUUACAAGCACAUCGGCUAAAACUAAUGUUGGUUUUCAAGCAAAUUAGGUCUAGCCCACAUGAAACUUACAUGAGCUGCAAGUAUUUUAAUUUCAAGCUCUUAGCCACCUAUUGCGGAACAGCUCGGAAAGAAAUUAGAAAGAAACUUGUUCGUAUUCCCUUUUAUGACUUUUCUGUGGUGUGAAGCUAUUUUUGUAAAAAACAAUUUACUGGCUUUUAGGAGAAAUGAAAUAUACACAAUAAGUGCCUUUCUCUCAUUACUUGAAAUAACAACAUUUCUGCCUUUUUUUUGGGGGGGCAUGAUCACCCCCCCCCUCAGCUCUUGUAUAUCCAUGAAAAGAAAUAAUUAUAGUCUUUACCUACAUCACACGUCAUAAGUAACACGACCAUUGACACAGCAUCGAAUUGGGCUUCGGCACUCCUAUUCUCAACUGUGUGUCAUUUCUCCUGGCAUCUGCAGUGAUCAUGGUUUCUUUGAAGAUAUGUUGGUCGUACAUUUUUACUUGUGCCCUGCAAAUCAAGGUACAACUCACCACAAGCCUUGUAUAUAUGUAAACGCAGACAGGCCAUUAUUGAAAUCUUUAAAGCCAGGCUUGAUUUUUCCCAGCUGUUAAAACAUUAUAACACAACACUGAUAUUGUAAGGUCAGAAUAAAUGCAUUCGGGUUUUCUGUUUUUAAUUAGUCAAGGGCGGGACAAAACAAGGUAGCAGCGUCCUCGGUGCACCUUUGCAUUAACUUUGCAUUAAGCAGCUACUCAGAAACAAUUUUCUGAACAAAUUAAAUGGCUCUGUCCAUACAAAACAACCUCCAUUUAAGACACUUAAUAUCUUAACUCUUAAUGAUUAAAAAUAAAAUCCUAAUGGGGGCGGCCCCCCAUCCGGGCUUGUGUUUAAUAAGUUGCCAAGUUGCAAAAAGGCACUUCGUUAUGCAAGUACAACAUGUUUGAGGGAAUUUAUUUAAGAAAGACGAAAACUUGACUUUAGUUGUGUUCACCAACCGCACUGUGUAUAAGUUCUCUGUGAAGGUCUCAAAAGAUUUUUAAAAUUCACCAACUCACAUGGUAUCAAGGGAAAUUCAAAAAGCCGUCUCAGACUCUGCGUAUUGGUGCAUUUAAACAAAUAGCUUUAAUUGAAUUGCAAUAAAUGCCAGUCAUUUUGUUGUAUUACGCAAUAAACUAUUUUUGGACAAAGGCUUAACGAUAUAUGUCUUCACCCCCCCCCCCGAAGGCCUUACCGAGGACAUCAUAUUCACCAAGUGCUCUUUUUUUUUCCAAAGGGGACAAUUAUUUAGUACACCAGAAUCCAGGGACGUGACGAUUGAGAAUUAAACUAAUUCAAUUGAAAGAGAUGGGACGAUUAAAUGUACAUGUAUAUCGAAAUGUUUUUACAUCUACACGCAUAGUUUUGCAAUACGAGUUCAACUUCCGAGUCGUUUAUGGAAAUUGCUGUGGUUUCUUUGGGCGAAAAGUCAGCAUUCACACAACUGAGAAAUCUAGGCAUUUUUAACGGACAGAAUAAUGUAUUUGCCAACCCACUCAAGUUUUACCUGUGUAGUGGGCAAUUGCGUAAAAUUUGUGGCGCCUCUUGCCGACAAGUGUAAGGCCGAUCCUUCAAGUUGUGUUCGUACAUGUAACUGAUAUUUUCUGACAAAACUUGAGGUAUUUUUUCUUACACUUACUCAUCCAGUGAAAAUUUGUUUUGUAGCUCAUGCAGAACAAUACAAAGUUAACAAUCUACGUGUAUGCCCAUAUAAUCAUCUGUGCUUUUGAAUCACGUUUACGCCAUCGAUCUCUGCUCCCCAUUCUGCAUUUGUUUCUCGUUCUAUGGAUAUCCCUCACCUAAAGUUGGCAUAAAACAAGUGGGUUUAUUCCUUAUGUUUUUUUAAUCCAUUAUUCAUUAUCAUUUUUAUUUUCAAGGUUCGUGGUUUAUUCAUUGUCAACAGUAACAUAAUAAUAGAAAAAGUAAAAAACUGACAAUAUAGCUUUUAAUAAUCGCCAACAUUUUUGAAUCCACACUUCGUUUUCCCUAAUCCCGCCUUCGUCUCUGUUCGGUUUCCGCGCGAGUUAAUGUACAGUACAUGCAGUUGGGAAAGCCCACUGUUACCUGAGGUUGGCGGCCUCGCAGUGAGAUAUUGAGGGCGCCGUGAUAUUUUAGUAGUGAGUCUGGCGCACAAGUUGUCACCAUCUGUCAUUUUAAACGUUUACAAUCAAUAUAUUGAAGUUAGGCAGUCUGGAACCCAAACUUACAUACACGUCAACAUGGCGGCCACCAACAGUACAGUCCGAGACAAGCAGAUUGCUGCCUUGAAGCGUAUGCUAAAUCUGAACCUACCGGUAACCAAGACCUCACUCAAUGAACCAACAUGGAAAGUACUGGUAUACGAUCGCUUUGGUCAGGACAUUAUCUCACCGCUGCUGUCUGUACGAGAACUCAGGGAUAUGGGUGUCACUCUUCAUUUACUUCUCCAUUCAGAUCGUGACCCCAUCCCUGAUGUUCCUGCAGUCUAUUUUGUCUUGCCCACCGAGGAGAACGUUCAGCGAAUAUGUCGUGAUUGCCAGAGCCAGUUGUACGAGGCCUUCUAUCUGAAUUUCAUCUCAGCCAUCUCUAGACAGCUGCUUGAAGAGCUGGCUGGCGCGGCACUCCAGUCAAAUACAGUCUCACAGAUAUCUAAGGUUUUCGACCAAUACCUGAAUUUCAUCUCAAUGGAAGAUUUCUUUUUCACAGUCAGACAUCAAAAUAGGGAUACAAUCUCGUACUAUAGUAUGAACAACGCCUAUGUCAAAGACACAGAAAUGGAUGCUAUCAUGGACACCAUAACAGCUAGUCUCUUCUCUGUCUGCGUCACUCUUGGCACAGUGCCAAUCAUCCGAUGCCCCAAGGGAAAUGCAGCUGAGAUGGUGGCAGAGAAACUUGACAAGAAACUACGGGAGAACCUGAGAGAUUCUCGCAACAGCCUCUUCACAACAGACUCCAUGCAGGCGGGACAGUUCAGCUUCCAGCGACCACUAUUAGUCAUCCUAGAUCGCAAUAUGGAUCUAGCUACCCCACUGCAUCAUACGUGGACCUAUCAAGCCUUGGCACACGAUGUUCUGGAUCUUCAGUUGAACCGAGUCGUGAUUGAAGAGACGGUAGAUGUGGGUCACUCCACAACGGGGUCAAGACCCAAGAAAAAGACUAAAUCCUACGACCUCUCGUGUCACGACAAAUUCUGGUCUGGCCAGAAAGGAAAUCCCUUCCCAGAGGUAGCUGAGGCAGUUCAGAGUGAGUUAGAAACCUACCGAGCGUCGGAAGACGAGGUCAAGAAACUCAAGGCUGCCAUGGGUCUUGAAGGAGAAGAUGAAGGAGCCAUCAGCAUGCUGUCAGACAACACGGCCAAACUCACCUCAGCUGUAAGUUCUCUCCCUGAGCUUCUUCAAAAGAAGAAAACAAUUGACAUGCACACCAAUGUAGCCACAGCACUCCUGGACCAAAUCAAGGCUCGUAAGUUGGAUGUUUAUUUUGAGUUGGAGGAGAAGUUGAUGAGUAAACAGUCCCUGGACAAGUCCCUGAUGGACGUGAUCACGGACCCCGAUGCAGGAACGCCAGAUGACAAGAUGAGACUCUUCAUUAUCUUCUUCAUCUGCACUCCGACCAUGAGCGACUCCGAGUUGGACCAGUAUUCCGUUGCAUUGGAGUCUGCAGGGUGUAACCUCUCACCACUACAAUAUGUCAAAAGAUGGAAACACUACACCAAGAUGACAGCCCCUAGCCAGUAUGCAGGCGGAGGUACCAAGACUAUUAGCAUGUUCUCUAAGCUCAUGAGCACCGGUUCCCAGUUCGUCAUGGAGGGCGUCAAGAACUUUGUCGUCAAGAAACAUAACUUACCAGCAACACGGAUUGUCGAUGCUUUGAUGGAGCUCAAAUCUAACCAGGAAACAGAUGAUUAUCGAUACUUUGACCCUAAACUGCUGCGAGUUACAGACAGCUCAGCUAUCCCGAGAAACAAGACCCCAUUUCAAGAUGCCAUCGUCUUCGUGGUCGGAGGCGGCAAUUACAUUGAAUACCAGAACCUGAUAGACUAUGUCAAGAGUAAAUCUAGCACAGCAGGAUCUGGAAAGAAGAUAACUUACGGCUGCAGUGAAUUAUUUAAUGCUGAUCAGUUCUUGAAACAGUUAACACAACUUGGACAGGAGAAGGUCUAAUGGAAGAAUUCCCAGAUCUGUACAGUCCCCAAAGUAGGAAAAAAAAUCAGCCUGUAAUAUACAUUUCAAAUUGUUUGUAGAAUGGUGUAAAAUGGAAUAGAAAGAAAUUCCUAAAGUCAGUGUCAUGAUAACAGUUUGCUUUGCAUGUCACUUGGAAAAGGGUCACAUUUCAUAUUUGGUCUAUAUGUGUGGAACAGAAUCGUUCACAGAAGGGGAGUAUUUGUGACCAAUUAUUCUAAAACCAGUCUGAAGAAUAAUUAGCUUUUAUUUGGAAAAUGAUAACCAGUGUAGACAUCAACAAUGCAAAUUUUACAACAUUCUUUGCUUGUGCCCACCAAAGUGUUUCUACAGACCAAAUGUUUCAAGUUGGAUGUCAUCAAAAACACUGAUUAACAGCAGAGGAUGGCCAAACAUCGGAAUUACUCACUUCAGUCUGGUUUUGGGGGAUGUCUGAUCACAUUUGGGAAAUUCCAAUUGUUUUUGGGGUAGAAGUUUUGGCUGGCUGAACCCAGCUCCCUUCAAGAAGUUACUUGUUCCUGCAAGUGAUAUUUUACGGGAUUUAAAAUGGUUUUGGGUAGUUUUAAUCUAAGCGACCUAACUUGAACAGUUGGAGGGUGUCUUCAUGUGGAUGCUGAACUAGUGUAAUUGGCAUUUGGAUGAAGAAUUUUGCCCAUAAUUAUUCUAAAACUGAUCAAUGACUGAUUGCUCAGUAUUUCAAGAGAAAACCUACCAACUUCCCAGAUUCUUCCAAAUUUACCAGAUUUGUGUAAGAGGAUGUGGCAGGAGUGUGGAAUGUACAGAGUACUGAAAUGAACACAGUACGUGCACAAUUAUGUGUGUAAAACUCAGUAGCGAGGGAACUAGCGUGUGAAUCAACACACCUGCGUACUCUGUUUGUUUACACUACACUUUCCGGUUCAAAAUGACGUCACACGUUGGUACUCCACACCCUAGUCAUUGUUAUUUCUCUGUGUGCUUGACACCCCUUGAAGUGUGUGCUAUUGAAUUCCUGCACGGUGGUAGAUUUUGAAGGCAUUGGGAAGGUUAACAGCAAAAUUGCCUCGGAAAUCAUGGUUGACUGUAAUAUUUUUCAUGCAAGGAGUCUUGGGUGUAUUCUGUCGGUCAACAAUUGGUCACAAACACAGAGUAUGACAGAUCUACACAUGAACAGGCCUGACAUUCCAUCUUGCAGUUCUCACACACAGCCUGCAAGGCCUGUUAUGCACAGACUAGAAACCAGGGACCAUUUGUAUUGGCAAAUAUCUUGUUUUAAUGCUAAGCAGAAACCAGCUGUAAACCUGCUUUAUUGAAGCAGUAUUUUAGCUAGUAAUUUUUUUGCUAAACAAAAUGCUUCCCAAGCUUUAGCUGUGUCUGAAUUUACGUGGCUGUGGCUAGGAAUUAUGCACUACUCUAUCGGUAGUAGCCACAUCCACUACCAUAGACUCGUAUGUAAUUUCAAGCCGCAGCCAAGCAAUUCGGACAUGGCAUUAGCAAGUUUUCACACGUAGCAGCUCUUUGGCCUUUGGUCUUACUUUAUAAUGAGGACAACAUUGGCCCACGGUCUGAAAAUGUGCUUUGCUCUGAGAAAAUUGAAUGCCUCGUAAUUUGAUUGGUGUGGCACACAUGCAAGUGGGCAUUUGGCAUGCAGUACCUCUGUGCUCACAUAAUGGGCCAAGUCAGAAUCAACCGGCUGAGGCUAGGAAUGCAUACAUGUCUGUGGGAAGUGGCUGUAGCCACUAGUCACUAGCCAGUGGCUUACCAUUGGCACAUGUGUGAUUCCUAGCCACAACUUUCUGACAUGACCAUAUUUAGUGGCACCCUGUCAGACUUUAUCAAGGGAAGAAUUUACCAAACUUCCAGAUCUAUCUCAAGCUCCCUUUCAAGAAAUGAAUGCAGUGCUCGGCUAUUCCUGUCAGGUGUGUUAUCAAUAUCACUAUGCGUGUGUGAUUUUCAGGGUGUUAACGUCAAAGCUCUGUGAAUUUUGUUGGACAGCUAACAUGGAAUAGUUAUGCACAGUAACUCACAAUAUGAUGCCGAGUUUUAAUGCCAAAUAAUUGAAGGCUGAAAAUAAACGAACAUGUAUAUUUGUGCACUUGCAUUUUAAUGAA